AUGAAGAAAGUCUUAUUUCCACCUUCUCCUUUACUCCCAAUAAGUCAUGUCAUCAUUUUCUAUAACCCGAAUGAUGAUGUUUCUAUGGUGCAAGAAUUUGUUAAGAGAUGGGCUAAUCAUAAGGUUAUGGUGAGUAAGCUUUCUCGCUAUUUCAAUUAUAUGGAUCGCUAUUAUAUUCUUCGAAUGAAACUUCCUUGUUUGAAAGAUGUUGGGUUUGGUUGCUUUCGUAAAAUAGUGUAUGAGAAGAUGAAAGUGAAAGUUAGGGAUGCUGUUAUUGUGUUGAUUAAUCAAGAACGCGAGGGAGAUGAAAUUGAUAGGAGUUUGGUCAAGGAUGUCUUAGAGGUGUUUGUUGAAAUUGGGAAUGAGAAUGGGAAAGAUAAGUUGGAUUGUUAUGUUGAUGAUUUCGAAACUGCGUUUUUAAGUGAUAUGGUCGAUUAUUAUACUCGGAAAGGUUCUAAUGAGAUUAAGGUUGCAGAAUGUUUUCAAAGGGAGAAGGACAGGAUUUUUCACUAUUUGCAUUCCAGUACUGAGAAGAAGUUGUUGAAAAAAGUUCAAAGUUCAGGUGUUCCCUGCUGA